AUGCGUGAGAAGUUUCCUUCAGUGGUGUUUGGACAGGAGUGGAACAUAGACAAGGGACAAAUGUUUACGGCAGGAAAAGAGCGUAACUUCGUAUGUGAAGAAUGUGGUCAGAAAUUUGGUCGAAGAGGAGGACUGAGACGUCAUGUUCAAAUGGUCCACCAAAAUCAUCUUCACAUGUGCCCAUACGAAGGAUGCGACCAUCCUGGUUACAAAUGUAGUAAGGCUUUGACAGCCCACAUUCGUUCCGUGCACACAAACGUGCGACCUUGUGAAUGUGGCAGUAAGUUCCGUCGGCUCAUCUAUCUCAAGAAGCACCAGCGGCUGUGUAUUGCACGAAAUGGUGAAGGAAAUUUUGAUAAUGCUGAAAUGCUGGAUGAUAGCAGUGAAGUAGUUGACGAUUCUGACGAUCAUGACCUGUGA